GCUUUCUAAUACCGUGUAAGCACGUCCGUUGAAAUAUAUGCAAUUAGCCUAAUACGCUACUUGCACGGUCUUCAAAUCAUAUACAUUGACGUUAUGUUCUGUGUUGGAGAUGUAGGGGAAAAAAAGUGACGAAAACUGCAAACCGAAGCGGAAAAUAACGAAAAAAGAGAAAAACUAAGUAACGAACUGAGAUAAAAGGAAAAUCGUGGCGGUAGAGCAUUCCCAUGCAGUUGAGCGUAGCAGUGGCGCACCUGGCCAGUCUCUCUCUCGAGGAUACCGUACUUACUAUAUUAUACCGACGUACCACGUUUAUACCGACCGACAGACUAUAUACACCCAGCCAGUCCCACCGUACCCUUGGGGAUCACCCAGUCAUCGCAAAGUCACACGUCAUGGCGACGCGUCGAACGUCAUCAGGGUCAUCACGUAGAAAAAUCUCCACAGGCGUAAACAGCCCGUACGCCGUUUCAACGUAGCGCAUAUAUAGUACGCCAUGGAUAUACUAUAGAUUAUUUUGAAUUCGUCUAGAAUACCUGAGCAAGGCUUUCUCUCGACGAAUCUUAUACAUAUUGGACCAACAAGAUAGAGGGAGAUAGAGAUAGGACGGUUAUCGUAAUCUUGUCAUACGCGUACCGUCUGGACUCUAUGGAAUUUCAUAGUCCGUGCGAGCAAACUCUGUGGAACUUCUAUACUCCAUUCGCCGAUGUGUAUUUACCUUACCGCACUCGUGUAGACAGGCACGCGUUGUAAGGAGUUAGCUUGUACGACUAUAGGCAUGCACUAUAGCGCUACGGUAGGUGUAAUCCUCUUGAAUGUCCCUGCUGACGUAGUACUCUAAGCCGAACGGACUAUAGCCAGCCCGGUACUCUAUAGUGCUUAUAGUAUAUUAGCUGUGGCAUUCCAGCGUAUGUCAGUACCCUGAGCCAACGCACAAGGGAAAGAACCAACCGGCAUGCCGAGGCUCUAACUUCUCCCACCGUUUUACUUGUGCCCCAGUCAGUUUGUCAGUUUUGUCGUUCUGUUUGUUCGUCAGUGGCUUACCGACGCUUCUUGGGUGUGGUAUUAUUACUUAGAAAUUCCCGUUAUUCCCGCUCGAACUUCAUAUUCUUAUUGUCUACCCUACUCGUCUGACACCCACCUUUACACCAAUUCUUCCUUAUUACGUGUAAUAAGGACUCUCUUGGGGGGAGAGCUUUUUUCCUGUAUCUCUGUAUCUUUGUUUCCUCUUUUACCUUCCAUACGAUACUUUGUCGUCGGCAGACAAGGUAUCGUUGUGUUUCGUGACUUUGCCGCGAUAUCGAAUGUAACGGUGUGCGUUAGUGAAAAUAAUGCACCCUGGGACCGAUUGGUACAGAAGUAUUUAUUCCGAGGAUAUUCUCUUUCCACGUGCUACCCAUUGUCCUUGACAAUUGUGCUCGGUGGUUGCUGCUGUGAUUGCUCGACGUGUGGGAAUGUACAGUGUGCGUGCAGUGUCUUCUGGGUUUUCUUUCUUGCUGCGAGACACAAGAAACGUAGUGAAACGGUUUUGCGAAAAGGAUGACUGUACCUGAAGAAAUGGCUGCCGAAGUGGCCAACAAGAAAGCCGAACGCGAAGCUCUCCGCGGCGUUAUACAACAAUGGAACGCGAAUCGGCUCGACCUUUUCGAGCUUUCCGAGCCGAACGAGGAUCUGGAGUUUCACGGGGUGAUGAGGUUCUACUUCCAGGACAGCGGACAGAAAGUCGCUACCAAGUGUAUAAGAGUCGCAUCCGAUGCAACCAGUCAAGCUGUGAUCGAGACGCUUAUAGAGAAAUUUCGACCGGAUAUGAGAAUGCUCUCGGUACCGGAAUACGCGCUGUAUGAAAUACAUGAGAAUGGUGAGGAGCGGAAAUUGGGUCUCGAAGAAAAGCCGCUACUCGUUCAGCUGAAUUGGCACAUUGACGACCGCGAGGGACGUUUCCUUCUUCGUCGAAUCGACGACAAAACCAAUGCCCAGGGUGUUGGCUUCUCCGAGGGUUCCAGCUUUCGACGAAAGCUCAGUAAACGCGAGAAGAAGCAAAUGAAGAAGCAGGAGAAGCUCAGCAGGCUGAAGAGCUCGGCUGCCGGGGAACAGGAUGAAAAUUCGAUACCGCUCGAUCAGAAUGGCGUGGCUGAGAAACUUUACACAGAAUUACCGGAAACAAGCUUCACGCGCAGCAUAUCAAAUCCAGAAGCGGUAAUGAGACGUCGUCGUCAACAAAAAUUGGAACGGAAGUUGCAACAAUUUCGCAGCAAAGACGGCGGUCCUGAUACGGGCGGUACUCUUAAGAUCUACGGAGAAGCUUUAUGCAAAGACGUUCCGUAUAAAACACUUUUAUUGAGUGUACGCGAUUCUGCGGCCCAGGUCGUGCGUGAAAUGUUAUCCAAAUAUGGAUUGGACAAGGUGGAUCCACAACAGUACUGCCUCGUGCAGGUAAACGGUGAAAAUACAAAUACACAUCAAGAAUACAUCCUGGACGACGACGAGUGUCCCUUGGCAAUUCUUAUGAAUCAUCCCUCCACGCGUGGCUCUAUAAUGUUCCACGUAAGAAGAAGACCAGCCGACUACGUGCCCCGGAAGCGGAAGAAGAAACCGGCCGGGAAGUGGAGCGAGCUCGAUCAUCGUUAUGAAGACGAGAGGCUACCAUUUCUGGUGGAAUUAAAUCCAGACGGUACUGAUAUACCGAACGGUGCCGGGAUGCGUCAUCGACUUCAGCCAAACGUAACGGAAGUCGGCUCCGAUAGACGCAUCGGGCCUCAGGCUGUUCAAGGUCAAACUCUUAUACUCAGUGGGUCGACGGUGAUGGACCGACAUUGUGUGAUCGCCUUUACCGACAAUAUCGUUACCCUCACGCCAUACUCGAAAGACGCCCACACUUAUGUUGACAACCAUAGGAUAUAUCAGACGACGAUCCUCAAGAAUGGAGCUAUAAUAAAGUUCGGUAGGAUGCAUACGUUCAGGUUUAUAGAUCCUGCACCAGAGGAUCGGAUAAGACAGCGACACGACUCUAACAGGCAAUUGGAUUAUUCGUAUGACAGACGCUCGCCAGAUGCUACCAGCCAGGAAAUUAGCUCAGAAAAGUAUCGAUCCGGUUCCGGUACACCCAACGAUGGUCGCGGAUCGAAUCCUCCGAGUCCGACGAAGAAUCCAGCAAGUCCCAGAAGUCCCACUCACAAUGCUAAUACGCCAGAAACCACACAUAACUAUGAGACGACGUUUGACCUUGAUGGAAAUGUUGAGACUGCUAGUCUGACUAGUAGUCGAGAUGGGAACAGACUCUCCCAGUACGACAGACAUCCCAGAGGCAACGACCCCAUUCUUCCAGCGGUUUUGGAAUUCCUCGAGGAAACGGAAGAGGCUUUUCUACAUGCGGUCAUUACGGAUGUGGAACCUUCAGCUCCGCAAUUCAAAUUGGCGCCAACCUAUACUUUGUACCUUGCAGCGAGAUACAGGGCCAGUACUCACUACAGGCCCGAAUUACAGCCCACGGAAAGGGCCCAUAGAUUGACCGUUAUGCUGGCCAACGUUGCCACAAUGAUACAAAGAGUGAUACAGGAACGUUACAUGGACGCUUCCUCACUGGCUCUCUGGCUAGCGAAUGGCUCGGAAUUGCUUCAUAUGUUAAAAAGCGAUCGACACGUUGGCGCAUUCUCAACGAGAGCACAAGAUAUUCUUGCUGAUGCAGUUCACACUGCAUUCGCGUCUCUGGUUCGCUGCGUUUCUCUGGAACUUGCACCAGCAAUGUCGCAAUUUAUGGCCGAUGCUGACGAACCGGCCAAGGAGGCUGGAGUAUUGCAAAUCUUUUCGAAUACCAUGGCACUCCUGAGGCGUUGCAGGGUUAACGCUGCCCUGACUAUUCAACUUUUUAGCCAUCUGUUUCACGCGAUAAAUGCGACUGCGUUCAAUGCGCUGGUUUCUAAUGGUAACCUGUGCGUAAGGUGGUUCGGUCGUAGACUUAAGAUCAGACUGAAUGCGCUGGAAACUUGGGCAGAGCGACAGGGAUUGGAACUUGCUAGCCAGUGUCAUUUGGCCACCAUUAUGCAAGCGACGCAUCUACUGCAAGCUCCUAAAUACAAUGCCGACGAACUUGCGACCCUGAGUUCUACGUGCUACAAGUUAAAUUCAUUACAAGUACGAGCUUUGCUUCAAAAAUAUCAACCGGCUGAUGACGAGCCCAGAUUGCCUGCUGAGUUGAUCGAAAAUAUCGUCAGGGUCACCGAGACUAUGGCGGAUACUUUAGCCAGAGCUGACGGCAGGGAAAUUCGACUGGAGGAAGAUCCCACGUUAGCAUUAACUUUACUUUUACCUAAAGAUGGCUACAGCUGUGAAGUUAUUCGAGGUGUACCGCCUGGUUUGGCUGAAUUUUUGGCACCACUACAAAGGGAUGGUCUUUGUCGAAUGGCGCCACAGCCAACGAGCAGCGGAUAUUGGACAAUUUACAUGAUAGAUCAUAACAAUCUUCGAAGUCCCAGUGCUAUGAGCAACAGAUCCGGUGGUUAUUCUGGACACAUGAGCCAAAAUCAAGGCCAACCGGAAAUUCAAGUAAUUAAACUUCACAAGUCAACGAACGGAAUGGGCCUCAGUAUUGUUGCAGCAAAGGGUGCUGGACAGGAUAGACUCGGUAUCUACAUCAAGAGUGUGGUUGCUGGAGGUGCAGCUGAUGCCGACGGAAGACUAACGGCAGGUGAUCAACUGCUCAAAGUAGAUGGGCAAAGUCUCGUUGGAAUUGCUCAGGAAAGGGCUGCAGAGUACCUUGUUCGCACGGGUCCAAUAGUGACGCUGGAAGUUGCCAAACAGGGAGCCAUUUAUCAUGGAUUAGCUACGCUGUUAUCUCAGCCAUCACCCGUCAUGACCAGAGCGCAUAAGGCCCGCCCAAAAUCGGAACACUUAGAGCCCCCCAGACUACCGGAAAUGGCGCCCCAACCAUCCACAUCACACUCGAUGGGCAAUCUCUUAUGCGUACCAAAACAGUCCGCUUAUCAAGAGCGUCUGGUCGAUUGGGACGUGGAAGAGAUACAACCAGGUGCGGGGACAUUUUCACAAAUGCCAUUAAGCCAGGAUAGGCAAUACUUUAGUCAGUUUCAGCCAAGUAUUGGCAGUCAGUCGUAUCAGAAUUUAGCAACGUCACACUGUUACGCGAUGCCGUCGCCGCAGGCUAAAAUGUCAACGCGUCAGACGGCGAAUGUGUCAUGUCUUUCAAUGUGUCCUAUAAAGGAGGCACCGUUGAACGAUGAAUUUCAAAGGCCACGAUAUUAUUGGCCGAGUAGACGCGAAAUUCCUGUUAUUCAUGAGCCUAAUCAAACGUUCCUAACUAUUCCGAGCCACGUAGAACGUUAUCCACCUUAUCCAUUGCGAGAGACAUGUCGGCCGCAGAAUUCUGUCAUCGGUCCGCAAUACGGUUACUAUAGUAAAGACAAGACUGAAUUGAUAUUUCCAUGCAAGAAUCGCUCGCAGGAGAGUCUGAGUUCUCUCGAUGCUGUCGAUAACAUCGAGAGGAGUGAAACUCUCGGCAGGAAAAUUACCUCCUUCGAUGAGGAAUCCACUAUACCGUAUAUAGAUCAGCCAGACGAUAAUGUAGACACGUUCAUGCGCUCAAAGGAAAAUAUAUUCGCUGAGGAUAUUUCAGAAUGUCCUGAUUACGAGUCGAGGGAUUCGUCCGAGUUUAUUGAUCCUAGCAGUUUGCAUAUUGAUGUAUUGAAUGAGCAAUACAAGACACAGCUAUACAGAAAGGUUCGGUCGUGCGAUGAGUCUUCGCUGAGAGAUAAUCUUAAUAUUGUCGAAGACAAAAUUCCUAUGAAAUCCUUGAAAAGCAUUGAAAUAAUUGGUCGGCCCGGAACCGGAAGUAGAUCAAGGAAUAUCGAUGUACCGUUAAGAGAUGGCAGUCAGUGUCGUUGCCGUAAUCAUGAUAGUCAAUUUAGUAGAGAGAAAUUAAUUAAUAGUGAAUUCAAUAAGGACAAUUGCUCCCUAUCAGAAGCCAUUGGCGUGAUUCACGUGCCGUGCACUGGCGAGAUGAACGUUCAGUUAGAAAAUGUCAAUUUGCAAGAUACCACGGAGGAUAGUAAUAAUUCUGACAGUGUCGAAAGUCAACAGGAGGAAAUUGAGAUGAAGGAGAUCAUCUCGACGCCGAAGAUGCAUACAAUAAUGCCGGAAUUAAAUCUUGACUUAAGCGGCUUGAAUAGCGAUCUGUCCAGCGAGGAAUCAAAUACUGAUAAAUGUUGGAAAUCGCCGGAAGAAGUGCGUCUUGGUUGCGGAAGGGUCGCCGCGCUGGCUAAGCACUUUUCGAAAUUGGGAGAAGCCGGCCUAAUUAAAUUCAAAUCAAAGAAGUUUGUCGCGACCAGACAAUUUGUUUCCGAGCCGGAUAUUGCGUCACCAAGAAGUCCGGAAAUUACGGUGAGAAAAAAUGGUGGCAACUCGAAGGAAUUUAAAUCUGAAAGCGAUUUACUAAAAUCGGACAAGUCUGUGGCUACCACGCCGGAGAAGGAGUGGAGCAUGAUUCUUUUGGAUAUUCAGGCGAAAAACGAUAUUGAAGUGCGAAAAAAUGUCGAGGUAAUGAAUAAAGAUGAAAGUACGAAUACAGAGGAUAUUAAUUUUGAGAGUAAUACAGACGCCGAUACGGAACCGGGUGAAUUGAAAAAGAGCGACUCGAAAUUGUCUCUGGCUGAACAGCAGGAAAUUAUUGAACAGUUGAAGGAAUUUACAAAUUUGGAUAAUACCGACGCGCCCCUAUUUAUACCGGAUAAAAGUGAUAAAAUUUAUGAAAUUACAGACGAUGGGAAAACUUCGAAUUCCGAUAAGGAAACUAUGACCGAAUCCUUCGAAGAUAGUUCUGUUACCAACAGCAGAAUCAAUUCUAUCGGUAUACCAAGUUAUCAUGCAUUGGUUGGCUCUAUGCGUUUGGAAGGUCUUCGAAAACACUCGUUACCUAAUCUUCUAAAUGCUUUAAAUAUUUCACCAGGUAUUAAGAUAUCAGAAAAGAUGAAUAAGUUGGAGAAAUAUUGGUCUCUCAAAGAUCUAAUGUCAUCGGAUCAUCUGAAAUUCGAUAGUUUGGACAACACAAAUGAUUCCCCUAAAUACUUUAUAUUUCCCACUUGCUCCAGGGUGGUAUCAGCACCCGAGAUAAAUAACGAGAAUGCCAAUAUAUUUGAAAUUCGAUCGGUCACUCCAAAUUACGGAAGCGGAAACGUGACUAUACGCAGUACAAUAUCUAUAAGCGAGGAUGAAUGCGAUAAAGAUAAUUUAAAAUCCGAUGGCGAAAUUUCUGAAGCGAAUAUUAUAAAAAAAGAAUCUCAUGACGUUACAACAGACACAGAGCGAGAGGAAUUGUCUAAAGAUAAAGAGAAAGAACCAGAAAAAACAAAAUUUCCAAAUUCGUUCAUCAGAACGAGAAAGAUGUCCAAGAGCUGUGAUGAAAUUGUUCAAAAGUCAAAGUUCACUAGUCAGCCAGACUUUGACAAACCUGUAUGCAAAUCCUUGGAGAGAAUUAAUACGGCGCGAAGUGGCAGUCUAUCGUCAACCGGAAGUAGUCCUGCUAGAAAAUUUGCACAUAAUUAUAGAAAUGUACCACAGACCGGAUAUAGAGUCGCUAAACCAGCGUUGCGAGACACUUUAAGAGUCAAAAGUUGUGAGAUCAUGCACGUGCCAUUGAAAUCUAAUACGUUGCCUGCCAAGAGUGGCACGAGAGUUGAAAAACCGAUUAGAAAAAAAUCUCUGAUAGUGCAGAAACGAUCAAAAAGUGAUCUAGACCUGUCCGAAAGAAAGCCCACGCCAAGAUUUGAAAGAGGGGAUUGGAUAUUUCGUGAAUUUUCACCGUUGGAAAAAUCAACGCGGACUCGACCCCGUCGCAUGAGUGAACGUGAUUUACCAUCACGACUUGGACACGACGCAACGCCCCAACAAAUUCAUAGCAGCAAAUCUGUCCCAGCCCUGCAUAACGUAGGAACGGAGGGAAAACAGCAGCAUGAAGUUUUUAAUCCUGGAUACAGUAGAGCAUCUUCCAGCAACAGUGUAACGCCACCUGUUCAUCCACCACCAAUGCCAGCAAUGAAUGGCGCGACAACACUGCGUUCACGAUCCAGUCAUAAUUUGCAUGAUCCAAUGAGAGCUGGAAUGCUACCGCCUACAGGUUUAGUUAGCAGACAGCAAUCGUCACCGAAUCUAAAUCCAAAUCAAAUGCAUGUGAAUAUACAGAACAGUUUGCAGAGUAACGAGGCGGAAAGAUUCUAUCAGAACUUGAGUGUUUAUAGAAAUCAAGAUGCCGCGAUAAAACAGCAGCCUAGUCCACCUCAACCAUCGGACGACAGGAGUCCUUUGCAUACUCAGAAAAAUCUGAGAGGUUCUCAGAACUCACUGAAUCGGCCAACGGUUGACAUGAGUCAGGGUAGAGAUCGUCCGAUAUCUGCAUACAUUCCACAAGGACAGCAACAGAGUUAUUCUAAUAAUCAAUUGCAACAUCAAGGACCACCGCCGAGGUCGCAAUCCUCUCGUGAUAUAAUUCGGCAGGAAGCAAAACUCCAGGAGAUGCAGGAAGAGGUCAGAAGACGAGAGCUUCGUGGUGGGGCGCCCAUGUUGAAUCAAUACAGACCAAAUUAUAAUGUGAGACCAAUGGGAGCUAAUCAAGCAGCUAACACCAUACGGCCUACAAGACCCAUUGGAUCGACACCAAAUUUGGGUCCUAAUUCGCCGACGUACAAUGCACGACAGAUGGGACCGAAUUAUGGGUACACCGAGUCUCAAUACAGUCAAUACGGACAAUUUGGAAAACAUCCACAACCGACCCCAGGGCCUAAUCAGUAUCCAAUGGGUCCGAAAGGAAAAAACGAACCUAUUCGUGGUCAUGGAACUGGAUUAGAGCCUGGUAGAGAUUUCGGGCCUCAAGAUGCAAGACAACUGAUGGACACCAGACAGAUGCUCGAACAAUCACGACAGUUUCCGCAAAAUGGUUCUCAGUACUCGAAUGGCGGAGCAUCAGAUCCAAGAAAUGGCCAGUAUCCCAACGAUAACCUAAAGUCACAAAAUGGUAGCGAGGUUCAUCAAGGAAAUCCAGAGAACCCUCCAGCGAGGCCCAUUCUACCAGAAGAUGUUUGCAGGGAGAGUCCACCGCCUCCACCGCCUAAUACAUCGACUCAUCCUUUGUACAGUAAACAGCCGGACUCCAGAUACACAGCGAGUAUGCAGGAUCCACCCAGAGGUGGUUAUUAUACUGCACCAGGUCCAACUCAGCAACCUCGUCAAUACCAAUAUAGUGCAACGAAUCCUUGGCAACGAGAGGAACGAGAAAAGGAACAGGCCAGGAGACGAGAAGCAGCAAGGCAGUGGCGGGAUCAACAAAUAGCUGAACUGAGUGCUCUUCCUCACAGAACACCACAACAGGAGGAGCAACUGCGUGCACUUCAGCUGGAGCGUGACUUCCAAAAGAGGGCCGAGGAAGUAGCCAAUCAGCAGGAUGACGAUGAGGAGAGUAACGAUCUUGAGCAUGAGAGUACACAGCGUGUCCAAGGACUACUCAGGAUGGCUGCCAAUCAGGACCGGGCGAAUCAAGUUAAUCAACAACAGCAACAACAAAAUUUAUCUAGAUCGGGUGUAAACAAUCAAUCCAUAAGAGGGGCCUUGUCACCACAACCAGUAAGCAGUCAAAUACAGUCUACGAACAUACCACUACAUACCGCAAGCAAUCAGCAAAGCGGUAGUGGUGCUGGUGGAAGUUCAUAUGGUGGUCAGAGCGAAUCUGGUGGCAUGCAUAUGCAAAACCAAAGUCAAAAUCAAAACUUGGGUCAGGGUCCAAUGUCACCGAGUUACAAUACAGGCCUGGGUACUAGUCAAAAAUCAGGCUCUCCUGCUGGCAGCACACAGCAGAAUAAUGAGGAGAGAGAGAGGCAAAGGAGAAUAGAGGAACUCAAGAGGAAGCAAGCAGAAUUCGAUGAGAAUCAGAGAAAACGAGAAGAAGAGAUUAGGCAACAACAACAGCAGCUUCAGAUACAUCAUCAGCAAAUGCAACAGUUAUAUCAACAGCAGCAACAGCAACAACAGCAGCAGCAUCAGCAGCAGCAGCAGCAAUCCAAUCUGAGAAGCCAACAUCAGUUACAUCCUGGCAUGCUGAGAUUAGAUAAUCUCGUAAUCAAUGGACCCAGUUCUCCUCCUGCAUCACAAAAUGGCGGUAAUGAUGCUCCUCCUCCUCCAGAACGAGGAUCAAGUUAUGCAGUGAUGUCGCAGCAAAGUGCGCUAAGAUCCAACAGUUCUACAGCUUCAAACGUCCAGAUGAGUUCUCAUCCGACGACAACGAUCAAGAGGGUUUCCUUCCACGAUCCAAAUGCAAAUACUGAACCAGCUCUACGCAACACGUCUUCAGCAAUAUCGACUAAUCCCUCUACGAUAAGCAUGGACACGAUAAGAGAAGAUCCAAACAAUUUUAUUAACGACGCGGAGAAUCUUUUAGCAUCUCCUAAAACACCAGAGGGUCCCGGGGGAACGUUUAUGAAUGCAACACCAGGAGUCAUUGGCGCGCAAGAAGUUUAUAAAGAUCCCCGACAAAAACGGCUGGCCGAGAAACAGAAGCAACAGCAAAAUUUGCAAAUGGGCGCAGUACCAGAAAAAUUAAGUUUCAAGGAGAAGAUGAAGAUGUUCGCAAUGGAGACCGGCGAGGACGGUACGCCAAGAGAUAAAGUCAAAAUUUCGCGCGCACAACGUGAAAUCGAUAACAUAGGGAGUCCCCUGAGUCCGAAUAAUAAUAAUAGAAGUUAGAUUUGAUAGGACCAAUUGAAAAAAAAAUGAAUUCGUUAAAUACAUAAAGGUCAUGACGACGCCAUCCUCUGAGUUGACCGUACAUAUGCAUUCACAAAUAUUAUACACAUAUACAUAUAAAUCAGUAUUCUGCGAGUAAAGAUUUUUUAGGAUAAAAAUUUCUAUAUCUAAUGCUGAACGAACGAGACGCGUACUUUUUACCAGUUACGAGUCGAAAUGAAUUUUAAUUUUUCUGUAUGAUUUAUAUUGUUAAUCAAUUUGUUUAAAAAUGGCAAGUAAAGAUCCUCGCAACAUUGGCCAUGAAAAUCCAUCCGUUAUUUUGUAUGUAAAUAGCAUAGCACGAAGUAAAGACGAAGAAUUCACGGAGCGAUUAAAUUUUUUUUUUUUUUUUUUUUUAUAAUCGUUUAACAAUUUGUUUACAAAAACAAAUACACUUAUAAUUACACCUAUACUUUAUGAUACUCGUUCUGCGCCCGGGAUACGGGGAGGUAGCUUCUUCGAAUAACUAAUGUAUAAUAUCUUUAGGAAUGUGUAUAGAAAACCCUGUUUCACAAGUAUACAGUAAUACUGCUGCAAAUAGUAAAAGAGUAUGCACGUAUACUAGUAAUAGGUAACGAAAUGGGUAGGCAUAGGUGUGUUUGUUGGUCUAUAAUCGAGUUUAAAAUUUUUUUUCGGAACGUGGUUCUUUUAAAAACAACGACUAAACCGACAAAAGAAUAAUCAAACUAAGA